AUGGCAACGGGGAGGGCGCCCGAGCCGGGCCGAAGCCGAGCCGAGCGGUGCCGAAGUGAGCCGAACCCGGACCCGAGCGGUGCCGAACUGAGCCGAACCCGCGGCCGAACCCGGGCCCGAGCGGUUCCGAAGCAGUGCCGAACCGGCCCGAGCGGUUCCCAAGCGGUGCUGAAGCGGUGCUGAGCCGGCCCGAGCUGUGCCGAGCGGUUCCGAAGUGGUUCCGAACCGGCCCGAGCGGUUCCGAAGCGGUGCCGAACCGGCCCUGUGUAACGGGAGCCCUCUCAGGCGCUGCCCCCGCCGCCCCCCGCCGCCGCCGCCAUGCUGAUCAAGGAGUACCACAUCCUGCUGCCCAUGAGCCUGGAGGAGUACCAGGUGGCACAGCUCUACAUGAUCCAGAAGAAGAGCCGGGAGGAGUCGAGCGGUGAGGGCAGCGGGGUGGAGAUCCUGGCCAACCGGCCCUACAGCGACGGCCCCGGGGGCAGCGGGCAGUACACACACAAGAUCUACCACGUCGGCUCCCACAUACCCAGCUGGUUCCGGGCGCUGCUCCCCAAAGCCGCGCUCCAGGUGGAGGAGGAGUCCUGGAACGCUUAUCCCUACACACGCACCAGGUACACGUGUCCCUUCGUGGAGAAGUUUUCCAUCGAGAUAGAGACCUACUACCGGCCGGACGCAGGCCAGCAGACCAACGUCUUCAACCUGAGCGCGGCAGAGAAGAGGCAGAGGAUUUUGGACACCAUCGACAUUGUGCGUGAUCCCAUCUCCCCGGGGGAAUACAAGCCCGAGGAGGAUCCCAAACUCUACCACUCCUCCAAGACGGGCCGGGGGCCGCUGGGGGAUGACUGGCUGGAGGCGGCGGCGGCCGGCGGGCCCCUCAUGUGCGCCUACAAGCUGUGCAAGGUGGAAUUCCGCUACUGGGGGAUGCAGUCCAAGAUCGAGCAGUUCAUCCACGAUGUGGGUCUGAGGAAGGUGAUGCUGCGCGCCCACCGCCAAGCCUGGUGCUGGCAGGACGAGUGGACGGACCUGACGAUGGAGGAUAUCCGGCAGCUGGAGGAGGAGACGGCGCGGAUGCUGGCACAGAAGAUGGCCAAGUGCGGCGAGGCCGAGGAGCCUCCCACGGCCGGCAUCAGCCCCGAGGGGAGGCCGGAGACAGGGGGGCCCGGUGGGCAGGAGGGGGCCGAGCUGCAGGGCGGGACCGAUGCCUCCUCUGAUGAUACCUUUGCCAAGCAGUGGUCCACCUCUUCCCGGUCCUCCUACUCUUCCCAGCAUGGAGGGGGCGUGUCUCCUCAGAGCCUGUCGGAGUGGCGGAUGCAGAACAUUGCCCGGGACUCCGAGAACAGCUCCGAAGAGGAAUUUUUCGAUGCCCAUGAGGACCUGUCUGACAGUGACGAAGUCUUUGCCAAGGAGAUGACCAAGUGGAGCUCCAAUGACUUCUUGGACACGCUGGAGCGACCGGCAGAGCUGGAUGAGGCAAUGGGGGAUGGAGCCAGUGCUGCCAAGGCAGACGGUGAAGGACUGGGAACGUCUGGCUUCCCCGAGGGCGGCGCAGCGGAGAGCGCGGAGCAGAUGUGCCGGAUCCACGCGCUCUUCCUCAUCCUGCACAGCGGGAACAUCCUGGAUCAGGGCGCGGGCGAGCCGGGCUCCAAGCAGGCGGAUGUGCAGACGCUGGCGGCCACCUUCGACGCCGUCACCCGUGUCCACUUCCCCGAGGCGCUGGGACACGUGGCGCUGCGCCUGGUGCCCUGCCCGCCCAUCUGCGCCGCGGCCUACACCCUCGUCUCCAAGCUCAGCCCCUACAGCCACGACAGGGACAGCCUGUCCAGCAGCCAGGACCACAUCCCGCUGGCAGCGCUCCCGCUGCUGGCCACAUCCUCAGGCACCUACCAGCAUGCCGUGGGCACCGUCAUCGCCCGUGCCAACCAGGCCUACGGAGCCUUCCUGCACUCCGGGGAGGGCGCCGGCUUCUGCGGCCAGGUGGUGCUGCUGGGGGACUGCGUGGGUGGCAUCCUGGGGUUCGACGCGCUGUGCCAGAGCCGGGCGGGCUCCGGGGGCAGCCGGAACAGCAGCCGCCGUGGCAGCCUGAGCACAGAGCCUGUCUCCCCGGAGCUGUGCGGUAGCAGAGACCCACUGGCCGAUGGGACAGAGGGAGCAGCAGGAUUGGGCCAGGCCAGCCCCGAGCUCCUGGGGGCACAGGGGGACAGCCACCAGCACAGCUCCUCGUCCAGCCUGCAGGCCAGCGAGGCCCCGCUGGAGGCAGAGGCACCCCGAAGCAGCACCGCGGUGCUGGAUGGGGCGGAGGGUGCCAGCACCCGCCUUGAAUUUAAGGUAUCCGGCUUCUUCCUCUUUGGCUCCCCGCUGGGGCUGGUGCUCGCGCUGCGCAAGACCGUCAUGCCUGCACUGGAUGUGGCCCAGCUGCAUCCCGCCUGCGAGCAGAUCUACAACCUGUUCCACGCCGCCGAUCCCUGCGCCUCUCGCCUGGAGCCCCUCCUGGCCAAGGCCUUCCACGCUGUGCCCCCGCUCAGCGUGCCCCGCUAUCAGAAGUACCCCCUGGGUGAUGGCACCUCGUCCCUGCUGGCGGAGGCCCUGCAGACACAUUCUGCCCUGUUCCUGCCCAAAGUGGAUGUGGCUGCCCCCCCUACUCCCACUGGCAGCUUUGGGGGCUUCUGGAGGGGCAAUGAACCGGCAGAGCCCCCCACUCCUGCCAACACCAGCGAGGUUGUCAAAAUCCUAGAGCGCUGGUGGGGCCCGAAGCGCAUCGACUACUCGCUGUACUGCCCCGACGCCCUGACCGCCUUCCCCACCAUCACCCUGCCCCACCUCUUCCACGCCAGCUACUGGGAGUCCUCCGACGUGGUGGCCUUCAUCCUGCGCCAGGUGAUGGAGAAGGAGGGGCCACAGCCAGCAGAGAGUGAGGAGAGCUCCAUCUACAGCCCCGCCAUCCCUCGGGAGAAGUGGCAGCGCAAGCGCACCCAAGUGAAGAUCCGAAACGUGACGGCCAACCACCGGGCCUGCGACGUGAUCGUGUGCGAGGGCAAAGCGCAGGUCCUGAGCGGGCGCUUCAUGUACGGACCCCUGGACGUGGUGACACUGACCGGGGAGAAGGUGGACAUCUACAUCAUGACACAGCCGCUGUCAGGGAAGUGGCUGUACUAUGGCACCGAGGUGACGAGCGGCAGCGGGCGCCUGACCUUCACCAUCCCUCCAGACAAGGCUCUGGCCAUCGGGAUCUACCCCGUGCGCAUGGUGGUCAGGGGGGAUCACAGCUAUGCUGAGGCGUACCUGACCGUGGUGGCCCGCGGCACCGAGUCCGUCGUGUUCAUGGCCUGGCUGUCCCAGCACAACUUCCCCCACGGCGCUGUCUCCUUCUGCGACGGGCUCACCCACGACCCACUGCGCCAGAAAGCUGCCUUCCUGCAGAGCCUGCGCACUGAGGCAGAGAUCUCCAUCAUCGCUGGGUACGGCUCCACCAAGGAUGUCUCAGUCUACAGCUCGCUGGGCCUCGCACCAGCACACAUCUACAUCGUGGGACGGGCCGUCAAGAAGUUCCACAACCAGUGCCAGUUUCUCUCCGAGGGCUAUGUCGCCCACCUGGCCCAGCUGGAAGCAGCAGCUCUGGCCCACUCCCCCAAGGGGCCCCCACGACCCGUGCUGGGCAAAGGCACCUACGGCUGCCCAGCGCCCGUCGACUUCCUCCGGAAGCAGAGCCAGCUGCUGCGCUCCCGGGGCUCCAGCCAGGCAGAGCGGGAUGGGGGGCCCCCCUCGGCGCCCCCCGGCUUGGCCCGGGCCAAGCCCCGCAGCGUCAGCCUCAAGCUGGAGGGUGAGGAGUGAGGGUGGCACAGCCAUGUCCCCCCUCUGCUGUGAUCCCUAAUUUCCCAGCCAGCAGCACCUGGGGCCGGAGCCGGCACUGAGCCAUGAGCCCAUAGGAAGGAGAUGAGGGCGCUGGGUCCCCUGUGACCAAGGGGUGCUGGGAGACAGCACUCCGAGCCCCCCCCGAGGGCCAGAGUGAUCCCCUUGGGGCUGAGCCCCCCCGGGUCCCCCCAGCUGCCCCCAGCCCCGUCCCCCCCAUGUCCCUUGGGGCUGUUGGGCAGUGCCUGGUGGAGUCUGUGCCCUGGGGUCACUGUCCCUGUGCAGAACUGGGGGGCUGUGGCUGUGCCCCAAGGCAAGUGGCACCUCCCUGCUCCCCACCUAUUUAUUUCCGUCCGGUGUCGCGGGGCAGGGCUGGGUUGGGGUUCCAGAGCGGUUCCUCUGUUCCCCCCGUUUCGUUUCGGUGUUGAAUAAAGAGAUGUUACGACGAGG